UACUGUUGUUUUUGAACGCGAUUUUUUGAAAAAUUGAGAGGUAUUUUGUCAACAAACAUGGCGGUGGAAAAGUUGUUUGAAAGCGAAAAUUUUUUGAUUGUAAACAAACCUUUUGAUAUGUACAUUAAUUCUGACGACGAAAAUGAAAAGAACACAGUAACGUACCACGUAGCGUCACCGGACUCGCACUUGUCCUCAUCAUUGUUUCCUCUUCAUUUCGUGCAACGCCUCGACUAUGCCACCAGUGGCGUCCUCUGUAUUGCGAAGAACAAAUCCUCUGCGGCCCGAGCAGGAAAACUCUUUGAAAAGAGACUAACAAUGAAGUAUUAUUUGGCCGUCGUUAGAGGGCACGUGGCGUUUGAAGUCGCUGAUAUUGAGUUUAACGUGGGUGUAGACCCAACAACAGCAGACUCAAGUCACCGGAUGUCAGCGCUCACGACGAGCGAAGCGUCGGAGCGAUGCUUGCAAUCGCGUCACGCGCACACGCGAGCACUGCGGCUCGAGACCGGGUAUUAUGAUAACAGACCCGUGUCGGUCCUGUUGUUGAAGCCUGUUACAGGUCGUCGCCAUCAGCUGCGCGUGCACUGCAGCGCGGUGGGGCACACGAUCCUCGGCGACUACACGUACAGUGGCACGCGGGACAGCAUGCCGCACAGGAUGUUUUUACAUGCCACUAGGCUCGUGCUUCCUCUACCCGAAGAACCACUGGACAUUCAGACGGCAGAACCGUUCUUUUCAGACCCGAAAUUCAGUAGCAAAUGGCGGUCAGACACGGCGUAUUACAAGUAUCGGAACAAAGAGGAUUUUAAAGGCGUGUGCGACAUUCUAAACAAAUCCUACGUUAUAGGCGUUCAGUAUAAAAUGUAUAAGAUGUAAACAGUAUGAUUUUGUACUUUAUUUUAAUUAUACAAAAGCGUAUAAUGAUU